UCGCAAAGCCUCUUUCUCCAGCACCAAAAUUAGAAUACGUUGUGACGCCAGGCGUAAUUUUCAGCCCAUCCCCUUUUGGUGAAUCCCGAAGAAUCCGCUAUUCGAUUGUAGCAGUCGAAAACAGCAACGUUGUUUCCUUAUGUAUAGAAUGGUUCUCAGUAACCUGGUAAAUUACUAAAGAAAUGCUUCGACUAAGAUAAUAUUGAUACGCUCUCUAAGUCACCCAGUGCGGUGGCUUACUGGUGAAGGCAUGGAAAAACAACCGAGGUUAUUGGCAUCCCAACUCUUCCUGAAAAACAGCGUCUUCGAAGUAUUGUUAAACGGUGUGCUUCUGACAUGGAAAGAGAUUCCGGCCAAUAAAAAAGUAGUUUCCGGCAGCAUACAUCACCCCUUCAAAGUCGGUACUAGCCACAGCGUGUCCGUGUCUGAGAUCCUAGCAGUCCGGGAGCUCGAUGUGGGUGGCGGGACGAACGAUGAUGGCAGGUGGCAGAAAAUGCCCCAGAAACUGACUGAGGCCUAUCCAUAUGCAUUCACAGUAUCUUAUGUGGAGAGAGCGAGGCAGCACCGCUGGCGGUGUAGUGACGUCACCUUCCACUGUUCAGACGGGGCGCUGCGUCAGCAGUGGAUCCAGACCAUCAGAGAGCAGCUCACAGCACUGACUAGCAGACCCAAGCAUUUGCUGGUGUACAUCAACCCUUAUGGGGGCAAGCAGCAAGGCGAGUGCAUUUAUGAGCAGAAAGUCGCGCCUCUCUUCGCCUGUGCCUCCAUCUCCACAGACGUGAUUGUUACAGAGCAUGCCAAUCAUGCCAGGGACCACCUGAAGACAGAGGCGGAGUUAAAGAAAUAUGAUGGAGUGGUGUGUGUGGGCGGGGACGGCAUGUUCAGCGAGAUAGUUCACGGCCUGGUCUCUCGAACACAGAGGGAUAACGGAGUGGACCAGAACAGCCCGGAGGAGAAGCUGGUACCCUGUAGUCUCCGCAUCGGCAUAAUACCCGCAGGUUCAACGGACUGCAUCUGCUAUGCCACUGUCGGCAUCAAUGACCCGGUGACCUCCGCUUUACAUGUCAUAGUGGGAGACUCCCAGCCAAUGGACGUGUGCUCGGUCCAUCACAACAACACAUUCUUGAGGUAUUCCAUCUCCCUGCUUGGAUAUGGUUUCUACGGCGACGUGCUGGCAGACAGCGAGAGGAAACGCUGGAUGGGACCAGCCAGAUAUGACUUUUCAGGUUUUAAGACGUUUCUGACACAUCACCACUAUGAAGGGGCUGUGUCUUUUCUACCAGCAACUGACAUACUGGGAACACCGCGAGACAAGACCAGGUGUAGAGCUGGGUGCUUCAUAUGCCAGCACAACGGGCAGCUGUAUUCAGGGGAUUCCCCAGAUGAAUCCAAGACUGCUCCAGAUGUCUCAGACAGAGAAUAUGAAGUGGGGUGGGGGGUGGUCAGAGGGAAGUUCCUGGCCAUCAAUGCGGCCAGUAUGAGCUGUGCCUGUCCCCGUAGCCCCAUGGGCCUGUCCCCCGCCGCCCACCUCGCUGACGGCACCACCGACCUCAUCCUCGUACGCAAGUGCUCCCGGUUCAACUUCCUGCGCCACCUGCUACGCCACACCAGCAAAGACGACCAGUUUGACAUGACCUUUGUAGAGGUGCACCGUGUGCGGCGCUUCCGUUUCACACCACGCCACUGCCAAAACGACUCGGAGCUGGACCUGAGGGAGAAUGGCAAGCAGCUCUUCAGCCAGAUCUGCCGGGACCACCCGGCCUGCAGCUGCAGCCCUGCCUAUAGCAGCUGGAACUGUGACGGCGAGAUCCUCCCCCACGCUGCCAUUGAAGUCGGAGUUCACUGCCAGUUGAUCAAGCUGUUUGCGCGAGGGAUCGAAGAGCAGCCUUUGUUUGAGGACCUCGCCAACCCCCCGUGUGCACUCUAGGUCCCCUCGCCCCUCCGCUGCCCUACCCUAUCAGUGACUGGAACAGUCCUACAGCGUUUCAAAGACUCCCUCUGCUGUCACUUACCUUAGCCCUGUGCACUACCUUUCUCUAAUGUACUUUCUGGGGACAUUUUGGAGGUCACAAUUUCACAGGUCAAAGAGUGCUGGUGCUGGUACAUUUACGGAGGUUCAUUAUCCACUAUAGCGAAGAAGAAAUCAUGAACAUUUUAAAAGAAUGUACCCCCUUGCUGCUAUCCUUUUGCAAUAAAGAAAUGUUGACCAACACUUAAUGUGCUGUUCAACAUUUGUAGAACUUCCGUUUGCACGUGUUGGAAUGUAUGCUGCUCCAAAUGAUGAAGAAUUGUUACAAAGCUUUGUUUGUUUAUUUAUCCAUUUGGAGAAACCCAAUAUUAAAGGAUGUUUAAAUGUU